UGUUGGAACUUUACGACCCAAUGAUUGUAUCUGACGCUUUAGGAAUAAUACAGAUGAAACGCGCAACUAGCAAAAACAAUGACUGAGGUUAAUUCAAUUGAGUUUUUGCUUCCGCAUAAUAUCUUUGACCAGAUAAACAAAUUAGGUACAGGAGAAAAUGUUGCAUGGAAGAGCAGUGCUGUCGCCCAUAGUGCAGAGUUUCUCCAGUCACAAAUCGCGGGCGAAGGGAAAGAAAGCUCCUUCCGUUCUAGUGACUGUAAUGUAGCUUCCGGCACUGAAAUAAACAUAUCAGCGACUAAGUUCCGUUCAGGAACAUUGCAUCUGCUUUUUGACAAACUGACAUUGAAUGUGAUUGCUGGAAGAUUAGGUUGUGCCAUUUCUGAAGUUGAAGAGCGUUCCAGUUCUGGAGUUCAAGAUUCCUCUGGUUCACAACAGGAAGAAGAUAUCACUUAUUCUGGUUUCCAUGUUAACACGUGUUCAGAGGAUGGAGAUCAGCCUGUCAUUGAAAACUAUAUGAUUGCUGAUGGAAAUGAAGUGGCAAGUGAAACCGUUAUAACACAAGAUUCAAUGUCUGUCAGUGCUUGUCAGGCUCAUGCAUGUGGGGAAAACACUCCUGUAACUGGUAAAAGUCUGCAUCAGCCUGGACCUGAUGGUGAAGGGCCUGUUAUUGUGAAGCGCAAACGAGGACGACCAAGAAAAGUCAAACCACCAGAGUGUGAUCCUGUUCCAACAAAAGUUGUAAGUACGUCAGUUGAAAUUCAGCCAGAUACACCUGGUAGACGGUACAGUUUAAGAGGUGUGAAGCUACGCAAGGAGCUACUAGAUGCAGAGAGAAAUGGUAGCGAUGAAGAAACAGACUUGAGUGAUGUCAAAGAAAGUUUGCAUGAGGAGGUUGAAGCUGGGGAAGGAACGCAAAGCAGUGUCAGCAUGGACAUUGUUAAGACAGAAUCCACAACAAGUCAAUUUCAAGAAAUGGAAAAUAGUAAAGGUACACAGACUUUAAAGGAGAGGAAUAGCAGAAGCAGUAAUCUUCCACAAAGAGGAAGUCAUCGGCGAAAAAGGAAUAAUGUUAGAGUAGCACCAUGUGAAAUUUGCAACAAAAUGUUCUGUGAUUUCACAGGAGUAGAAGAACAUGUGCGUAAGUCUCACAGUUCUCACAACCGUUUCCAAGCUUAUAUAGAAGAGUUACAGGCACUUAAAAUUGUGAAGUGUUCACGUUGUGACUUGACAUUUAAAAACAGAUACUCAUUACAAAUACAUGAAGAUAUGGCACACUGUAAAUAUGCUGGUUCUUCAUGCAGUGUUUGCAAGAAACAGUACAAAAGCUUGCGAAGUCUUCGAUUGCAUGAAAGGAUGGUUCACGGCAGUAAAAACAAAGAGCAUCUUUGUCACUUGUGUCCAGCCAAAUUUAAAUGGGCAAACACUCUAAAACAGCACAUACAAGAAAUACAUGAUUGUCUUGAAAACUUUCAUUGUAGCUUUUGUGAGAAAAGGUUUUCCAGAAAAGGUCAGCUAAACCGGCACAUUAGAAUACAUGGCAUGGACAGUUCCAAGCGAGUGCUAUGUAAUCUAUGUGGCAAAGGAUUCUGGUAUGAUACAAAUCUCCAGCGGCACUUGUCCACCGUUCAUCAAAAACAUAAAGAGAAGUAUCACUGUUCAUACUGUGGGAAAGGCUUUACUCAGAAGAAUAGCAUGGUGUCUCAUGUUCGCCUCCUCCACUUCAAACUUCAUGCUUAUGUCUGUAAGCUCUGUAAUGCAUCAUUCCCCAGGUCUAAGAUACUCGAGGACCAUAUGAAGGUAGCCCAUGGAGACGAAGCCUACAAAGCUUCUAACUUGGGACGACAGAGAUUCAAAUAUAACCGCACACCUGAUGAUUUAUUUUAUUGCACCUAUUGCAGCAGCAGUUUCUUUUACAAAGCAAAAAUGGUGGAACACAUCCACAAGGCUCAUGCAAAUGAAUUUCCUUUUGUAUGCACAAUUUGUAGCCAAGGCUUUCUGAUGAGGUCGUAUCUAAGGAAACACAAAAAGGCAGCACAUGACCUGGUAGAUGAUCAGGCAGGGGAAAACUCUGAUGAUGACGAUGAUGAAGUGAAUAAGUUUUCAUUUACAGAAGAUAAGGAACAAAAUAAAUCCAGCGCACAUAUAACUGUUCUUGAAGACACCAACAGCCAGAAGGAGAUGGCUCCAGCAUCGUUAGGCAUGACGGGUAAUAUUGACAUGGAUGAUCUUGAACUGAGUGAUGCAGCUGCUGCAGCCUCUGUGCUGGUCGAAGUAGCAUCUGGAAGCCUGACUCACUAUGUCAUACAAAACACUGACCAAUCCACUGAUUCCAUGGCACAGCCUGAGAUAAUGGGAGAACUGUCAGCUGACCAGAGUAACAUUGUCCAGAUCAUCACAUCAGACAAUGGCUCCACUCAAGUGGUCUUGCCCAGUGGCAUGAAUGGUGAAAACUAUGAACUGGUGGAAGGAUUUGCUGAAGAAGCUAUCCUUCAUGAUGGUGAAAAUGUAACAGUCCUGUCAGAGCCUGUGGAGGACACAGUUAUUCUCACUGAUCAUAAUUUACAGUUCGAUGGCAACAUCAAUCAUGAUGUUCCUCUCAGUGUUGUUGUUGUAGAAUCAGAAUCAUAGUGUAUUAUUCUGUACUUGUCCAAAUAUCCUACAACAAGAUACAUGUAUGUUUGCUGGCAUGUUAACUUUAUUCCUUUGAUAUUUUUCUUUAAUAAAUGUACAUGGAAUGUGAAAA